GCUUGGUGCUUGGUGCCGGGCGGAGCCUGCCCCCGCUGACGUGGCGGCCAUGGCGGACGGCGGUAGCCGGCAGAGCAAGCUGGCCGCGGCCAAGAAGAAGCUGAAGGAGUACCAGCAGAAGAACAGCCCCGGGCCCGCGGCCGCGGCCAAGAAGAAGCGCAAGAACAAGGAGGGCAGCCGGCCCGACACGCCGACCAGCGCCGACGACAGGGACAGGCCGUCGCCCGAGAACAUUCAGAACAUACUGAAGGUGCUGGUGUCAGACCUUAAUCGAUCCAAUGGGGUAGCCAUACCCUCAUUGGACAAGAGGAAGGCAUACUUUGACAGUGAUGUUACCGUUCAUAAUGCUGAACAGCUGGCUGCCGAUGUCCCUGUGUUAUCUAACAGCAACAGUCUUCCUAGCUGUGGCUCUGUCACACCUGCUUCCAGUAGCAUGCCAUUGUCACAGAUACAUGAUGCUGAUGGUCAUAAAAAUGCGUUGGAUGAAAACAGGUCCCUGUCUUCAACAGAGAGUCUUCGCCAGCUGUCUGAGCAGCUCAAUGGCUUGGUCUCUCAGUCCACAUCCUAUGUGAAUGGGGAAAGUGGUGUUUCUUCCACAAAUAUAAAGGAAAUGGAAACACGUUACCAGGAGCUGGCAGUAGCCCUAGAUUCCAGCAAUCUAACUAACAAACAGCUCAAUACAAAGAUAGAGGAAUUGAAACAGCAAAAUCAAGAGGCUGUGAAUCAGUUGGAGAAGGAGAAGAAAGAGUUUGAACAGAAGUUUGUCAAAGAGCAAGCAGCACUAAGGGAACAGCUACAGGUUCAUAUUCAGACUAUUGGCAUCCUAGUUUCUGAGAAAUCAGAAUUACAGACAGCACUAGGACAUACGCAACAAGCUGCCCGGCAGAAAACAGGAGAAGCUGAAGACCUUGCUACUCGAUUGCAGUCAUCUCGCCAGAGGGUAUCGGAGCUGGAACGCACCCUGUCUUCCAUCUCUACACAGCAGAAGCAGUCAGAAAAACAUAAUAAAGAGCUAGUGAAGGAACGAGACAACCUGAAAUUGGAACUGUACAAGCACAGCAAAGGCAGUGAGGAACUGAAGCAGCAGAACUCUGAGCUUUUGGAGAAGCUGCGCUCCCUGGUUUCUGAAAAUUCAGCCAUGAAACUGGAUGUGGAAGAUUUGCAUAAGAAACUGGAAAUGGCUGAGCUGAUGAUUCAACAGUUUACCAAUCAGUCGGGGAAUCUGGAUGCAAACCAGCAGCUGCAGCUGGCACUGGAAGAACGGGCAAACCUGGAAACACAGGUCACUCAGCUGUCAGAGUCGCUUCACCAGCUUCAGGCAGAAAGAGAUCAGUAUGUGGAGAAGUUGAAGGAGGAGGGGAGUAUCUGGCAGCAACGGUUACAGCAGCUGUCUGAGCAGGUCCGAACACUGACAGAAGAAAAGGAGAAGAAUGUGAUGCAGAUUCAGGAGCUUGAAGACAGUAUUGCUCAGCUGCUCAGCAAAGCAGCAGCGAAAUCCAAGGAUAGUGAGCCUGCCCCACUGGCCGGACCCACAGAAGCUGAGCUGAGUCUGCAGGAGGAGGUCCAGAGAUUGCAGAAAGAAAAGGAGGAGCUUCAUGGACAGUACCAGGCUCAAGUUCGGGAUAAUGAGCAGCUGAGCCAUCUCAACCGGGAGCAGGAGGAGCAACUGCUAGAGCUUGAGAAGACAGUGCAGCGUUACAGCGAGGAGUCUGUGGACAGACAGCAGAUCCUGGAGAACAUGCAGAGCGACAAGGCCACCAUCAGUCGAGCUCUGAGCCAAAACAGGGAGCUGAAGGAGCAGCUGGCUGAGCUACAGAAUGGAUUUGUCAAGCUGACAAAUGAGAACAUGGAGGUGACGAGUGCCCUGCAGUCUGAGCAGCAUGUAAAAAAGGAGCUGGCCAAGAAGAUUGGGCAGCUGCAGGAAAAACUGGCUGAGGUCAAGGAGACGGUGGAGCUGAAAACCCAGGAGGCUCAAGGCCUGCAGGAGCAGCGGGAUCAGUACUACAAUCACUUGCAGCAAUACACUGUGGCAUACCAGCAUCUGGCUGCUGAAAAGGAGGAGCUACACAAGCAGUUUUUGCUUCAGACACAGCUCAUGGACCGGUUGCAGCAUGAGGAAGUUCAGGGCAAAGUGACAGUGGAGAUGCACCUUAAGGAGCUACAGCAGACCAAGGAUAGUCUGGCAGCUGCAGCCAAAGAAAACAAAGAGCUUCAGGCUCAAGUCAGUCAGUUAGCUGCAGAGCUGGAUGGCAAAAUGUUGCUUCGAGUGGAAGGAGAUGGGGUGGAGAGUGAAGAGACUGUGGAAGAAACUCAGAAACCUUCACUUGUGAUCCCAGAGAAUUUUGAAAGCCAUGAAGAAAUGGUCACUUUCUUGGUGUCCACUAUGUCCCAAGUGGAGAGAGAGCGAGAAGAAAUGAGACAGCAGCUGAGUGCACAGAAACAACAAUGCCGAGGCCUCCUGCAGCAAAUAGUAGUUCUUAGGCAGGAGCAGCAACAUACUGCUACAUUGGGUGGAGGUUCCACUACAGAUGUUGUCCCAGUGGAGGUUCAUGAGGCCUUAAAAACUGCCAUGGAGAAACUACAGUCCCGUUUUACAGAUGUGAUGCAUGAGAAGGCUGACCUGAAAGAGCGGUUGGAGGAGCUGGAGCAUCGCUGUAUACAGCUCUCUGGGGAAACAGACACCAUUGGGGAAUAUAUUGCAUUGUACCAGAGUCAGAGGGCUAUCCUCAAACAGCGGCAUCGGGAGAAGGAGGAGUACAUCAGCCGACUGGCUCAGGAUAAGGAAGAGAUGAAGAAUAAGUUAUUGGAGCUCCAGGAGUUGGUGAUGCGUCUGGUUGGAGAGAGAAAUGAAUGGUACAGCAAGUACAUGGCAGCUGCUCAGAACCCAGACCUGCUGGCAAAUCAAAUUGAAAGCGCCGUUCCAUUGGAGAGGCGCAUUGAACUUAAUGCUACUGAUGGAGAAGGAUUGCGAGAGGUGAAUUUAACAGAUGAACCAGAACAGGAAGCUGCAGUUCUUCAAGCCAACUCAUCCCCUAGCGACAGCAAAGCCCCACAGCCCAGCCCAGAGGACCCCACUGCAAAGCAGAUUAUGCAGCUUCUGAGAGAGAUCCAAAACCCUCAAGAAAGGCUGGGCUCCCUGUUGGAAAACCCAUGUAUUCCCUUCUUCUAUCGUGCUGAUGAGAACGAUGAGGUCAAAAUCAUGGUGGUUUAAAUGGCACCAGGAACCUGACUUGCAACAAUUUUCUGUGAGCCUGUAAGGACCCAAGCUGCAUAGUACUUGCCCUGUAUCUCUAACCAGUGCUACCGGUCAGGGUAGAUGUUCUCUUUAAAGACAUGGGGAAAGAGGGAUUGCAUCAGGUGGAGCUCUAGCACCAGACUUCAUCUUCUUUCCCUUUCCUCCUGUUACUUGGUGCACUCUUGAGUGCAGACUUUGACUUGAACUAAUCAUGAGGCAGUCACUACCACCACCACAGGUGGGUCAUAUGAAAGUGGGGGGACUUCAUGAUCUUGAACAGAGGAACUUGAUCACUUGCUUCCUGCAGCCCCAUCUCCAGAAAGAAACCUCUACUGUUGGUGGCCAACUUCUUAGCAAUGAUUGGCUAGUGACGCUAUUUUACUAGUUAAGAUUGCAACCUGUCCAUCCCCUUCUAAAAGGUUCCCAAAAUAAUUCCCUCCUUCUGGUAAGAAACUCUUUGGAUUCAGAAUAAUUAUUUCUAUAGUUCAUACCACAGAUCUUAAACCUCCCAUUUGUCUCUAUAAGCUGCAUCCUACCCUGUAUUUGAAACCAGCCUUGUCAAUUGUACAGCCAAAAGAUACAGGCUCCCUGCCUAGGCAGCAUUACAUUUAAAGAAAAUUGUUCUGAUUACAUAGAAAUGGCCUGGCAUUGCUUUGAGUCCUCGAGGGAUGGUUGCUCGGUUAUUUGCUAUGAACAGGUAACUUGUGGAUGAUUGGAGGUGGGGUAGGAAUGCAAUUGCACUUUGAAGGAUGAUGUUUCACUGUAUACAUGUUGAAAGGUUUUAUUUAUUUAAAAAAUGGGAGAAAUAAGUAAAUGGAAACCACUUAAUA